UUAUCACAAAAAAACGUUAUUACGUAAAAAAAAGAAAAAAAAGAAAAAAAAAAUGCCAGUUCCACUCAGCUACAUAUAGAUUUUCUGACAUGCCAGUGACAGUUGGAUAUAGUAAUUAUAUCCAACUGUUACUUAUCAAUGAUAAACGGAAUGUGAUGACGUAUAUUGGCAAUGUUAAAAGACAUGACACAACAAUGCCAGUUCCACUUUUCUACUUAAUUGCAUGUACACUUUCUGACAUGCAAAGUGACAAUCAUUGGAUUUAUUAUAUUAACGGCACAUAUGUGCAAAUGGCUCAAAUUGCUGUUUCCAAAAUUCGUAUUUUAUCAGAUCACCGUAUAAAAGGCCAGUAUUUAUCGGUUGUACACCUGCGAACGCACAGCCACCUAUCACUAAUUUCCGUUUAUUCAGUGCUAGUACUACUAUUACUAGAUAUCCUUGGAAAGUUUUCGAUUGAAAACUUGUUGUCAGUGGUCCUUGAAAAGCCYUUGGAAAGAGGAAACCUCCCAAAACUCUUGAAAUUCUCUUUUGAAUUUGAAGUGAUUUAAACUUGUUUAAACGUUUUGGCUAAUAUAGCAAUCGGURUCGUAAAAGUCCAGAAAGAAUCAGACCAGUCUUUUAAAACAAUCCUUGAAAAUUAAAUUUUUUCUGCUUAAAUAUUCUUGAAAUGUCUUUGGAUUUAUUAACGAAAACAUAGCACGAACCUUGUUUAUUGAAUAUUUUGGGUAAAUCUUAAACAAAGYAGCAUCAACAACAACACUAACAACAAAGCAAAACGAAACGGAACAAGAUCAGAUAAAUUUAAAAGACGUCUUCAUUUUGCAUGAUAUUGCGGUCACAAUUGUAAAGGUAAGAAUGGAGUGUUUUGAGUUUGUGUUUCACUAAGAACUAGUCCUAAUGGUUGAACCAAUUCUAUUGUUAGAUACGUGUAAUACAGUGAAGUGCACUGGUACCUUCUUCUUGAUCAUCUACAUUUUCUGUUACUUCAUUUUGUUAUUAAUGGAUCAAGAAAGAAGACCUCUAGGGUGUUCUGCACGUGUUAGCAGUUCAUUGAAGCCUGGUAAGAUAAUAUGGAGCAAGUUAUUUCUGCCAAAGAUGCGGAGAAGAAUAAGCAGGUCCGACGUCAAUCAGUUAUCGUCUAGAAGUAUUGUUAAAAUGACAGCUGGAAUUACAAGGACAAAUUGAUAGUGAUAGUCGUUUCUGGGGUAGGGUCAACUGGAAGCCCACCCUUUUAUUAGAACAUCYGUUAAGUAAAACCUCAUCAAUAUGUCGAAAGAGAAGCGGCUGUGUUUGAUAGGAGCAGGCCCUAGUGGCAUGUCAGUCUUAUAUCAUUAUAACAAACUGAAACAGCAAGGAAAAGACGUCCCAGAAAUUGUGUGCUACGAUAAACAGUCUGACUGGGGUGGUCUCUGGUUGUACUCCUGGGAGACAGGUAUUGGUCAAUAUGGUGAACCAGUGCACGGUAGUAUGUAUAGAGGUCUGUGGUCCAACGGACCGAAAGAGUGCGUGGAAUACCCAGACUAUACAUUUGAAGAUCAUUUUAAAAGGGCUAUUCCGUCUUAUYCUCCUAGAGAAGUUUUGUUGGACUACUUGAACGGUCGUUGGUCACAAAGUGAUCUCCGUCAGUGGAUCAAAUUCAACCAUGUUGUCCGCCAUGUCACCUACAAUGAUGACACUGAUGACUUCUCUGUUGUGGCUAGAAAUCUUCCGGAGGACAAAGACCUCCYAGCUCAGAGAUUUGACUAUGUCAUUGUAGCCAGUGGUCACUUCUCUGUGCCUUAUUUGCCCAACUUGAAYGGAAUAGAAACCUUUCCUGGACGGGUCAUCCACUCUCAUGACUUCAGAAACUCUCAUCAAUACAAAGGCAUGACUGUAUUGAUUGUAGGGUCAAGCUACUCUGCAGAGGACCUCGCAUUGSAAACUAUCAAAUAUGGUGCUAAGAAGAUCUACACAAGCUACAGGACACAACCAAUGGGAUUCAAAUGGCCUCCRGAGWUUGAAGAAAGACCACUUGUUACCAGKAUYCAAGGCAACACUGUCCACUUCAAAGAUGGCAGUAGUGCAGWGGUUGACUCCAUCAUCCUAUGCACUGGGUACCUUCACAAAUUUCCUUUUAUGGAAGAACGUCUUUGUCUGAAAACAAAGAAUAUUUUGUAUCCUCCAGGCCUGUACAAAGGUAUUCUAUGGUGCCAUGGUGGUAAUAACAAGGUGAUGUAUAUUGGCAUGCAGGAUCAGUGGUAUACAUUUACUAUGUUCGAUGCACAAGCAAAAUGGGCAAUGAGUUACAUCAUUGGUGAUGUCAAAAUCCCUGAUAAGGAACGUAUGGAGGAAGAUAUGAAYAAUUGGACCUACAGGUUGAUGAAUGAAACAAAAACAGACAAAGACAUGAUUGUCUUUCAGGGAGAUUACACAUGUGACGUGGCAAAAGAAAGCAAUUAUGGAUACGAUUUAGAAAUAAGUCAGUUGUUGUUGGAUUGGCUGAAUAACAAAAUGGCCGAUAUCUUAACAUACAGAGACAAGAGCUAUACUAGUAAAUUCACUGGAGUAAAGUCACCAAUCCACCACUCCACAUUCAUGGAAGCUCUCGAUGACUCGAUGAAGGCGUUUAUUAACGUGAAACAAUAAGGAUAAGACUAACUCAAUAGAACAUGUUUUAAGGAGGACAAUUUUUUUGCAUCAAAGUGUGAUGUUAAUUGCAGUCCUUGCACUUUUUCAUGUCCACUCAAGUAGUUUUUGGGGCAUUUUUGCAUUUUUCUUUGCAAAGAUAGAAAAGUACCGGCGCUUUUACUGGUGAUUUUAGGGAGAUUUUCCAGUGUUAUAAAAAGGGACGAGACUUUGUGAGCGCCAGAGAACGUCUAGCGAAAAAUGGCAAAUCUGUUCCUGAUUGAGGAAAUUUGUCCCUGAUCGGAAGUUGUUAAAAGUUAGUUGUAAAUAGAGCAAAAAAUGUCUUAAACUGUGCUUCCGUGUGGUUUUCAAGGGAAUUCGACAUGGUAAAGUAAUUUCUACGUUGAUUAGCAUGACAAUACGUACUUUUUCCCUUGUCUUUGUGUGAUUCAUUGACCUAUUGUAAAGUAACAUAACGUUUUCACGGAGCGUACUCUUGAAGCUCUCUUGAAGCUUGACACAAUUGCUGUGCGAAAAAAUMUUGAUCUUUUUCUUUUUUUACUUGAUUUCACCUAAAAUCUUCUUUGAUUCACGACAACAUUCUUUAAAACAGAGCCAAUCGAGAUCUACAGCUGCAUCUAACGACUUCGUCCCCCAUUUUAGAGUUUGGCCUUAUUCGCUAGGCGUUCCCGAGACUGUCACUCUGUGACAUCAUUACAAUAACAGAAACAAGGAACGCCUGGGGACCAGGCUGGUGAGAAGCAUAACUUUUGUGUAAGCCAGACAAAAUAGAAUUUGUUUACAGUUGUUUUAAGAUAUUGUUAGACUACGUCUCCCUGACAUUUAGUUAAUACAAUAUUAAUAAGUUAAUGGUAGAUUUCAGUUUUAAGUGAUUCAUCAGCAGUUUUAUAGUUUGGUCUAGAAAUUGAAAUAUGUCAAGUCAUGUACUUGUAGUUUUAGAUUACCAGGAAAAAUWGUUUUGAAUUACCAGUAGCUUUAAUGUCCAGAAAUUAUUAUGCUGUAGGGUUAAGAUCAAUAUUGAAGUCACAGAAUGAUUGUGAAAUUUCCAAAUAUCAUUAUUAUUGUAUUUUUAUAAGUAAUUACUUUAGUUUAAGUUUAUGACGCAGUUUAAAAUGUUCACGUGAUCGAUAUUUGUAGAAUAAGCCAAGGUCGUCCUAAAUGGGGAAUUCCCCUCAGUAUGGAGUUAUGCCGUAAUUGGUUAUUGUUUUAGUUAGUAUCAAAUUAUUAUUUGGGUUUUGUUUAAUUCUGUAAAGCAUAUAUCAAGCAAUGUAACGAGUAGUAGUUAGUUAGUCCAUCCAGAGCGUCAAACAAGCAUGUAGUAAUAAAGCAGAGAGUUGUUGGUUCUGCCAUGUGACCCAUAGUUGAAUGCUCAUUGGAAGAAUGUCUAAUGAAUAAUUUAUGAGUUUUAGAAGGUAAAAUGUCGACCUUCCAAUAAACAUUUUGGCGCCA